AUGGGACUGAGCUGUUCAACUGACCUUAGGGAGAGGUUAGGGUUUUCAGAAAAAGUCAAAGAACAAAACAAAUGUAACAAUCUAUGCAACGACGACGAAGAAGAAGAAGUAGAAGUGGCUCUGACAUUCCCGAGCUUCCGCUACGUUCCGGAAAAUCGGCCGCAAUUGUCGGCGGAGUGUCAGGUAACCGUGCAACAGACUUGGGACAUUAUCAAACGAGAUAUUGAGAGAGUUGGGGUUGUUAUGUUUAUGGGGCUCCUGGAAGACCCUGAGAUUCGAGGCUCGUUCAGGUCGUUUCGAGACAAGACCAUGGAGGAGCUGAAAGCGAGUGCUGUGUUGCGGUCGCACGUUCUCCGUGUGAUGGGAGCAGUGGAGAAAGUCGUUGCUCGUCUAGACAACGAGGAGAAGCUGGUGACUCUGCUGCAUGAACUUGGGCAGAGACAUUUAGUCUACAGCGUCCGCCCGGAGUUUCUUGAUCUGAUUGGCCCUGAGUACAAUAACGCCAUCAAACCACCCUUGGGCGACAAAUGGACGCCGGAAGUGGAGCAAGCCUGGGACGACCUCUUCCGGUACAUUACUCACGUGAUGAGAGAGACAAUGGUCAUGUGA